AUGGCUUCUGCCGCCCUCCGGACGCGCAUCCGACGCGCGUCCAUGCUGGCCAAGGUGUGCCAGCCGCAGGAUCUGCUGCACCACUUUCCCAAUGGCGCGUACAUUGGCUGGUCCGGCUUCACGGGCGUGGGCUAUCCCAAGAAAAUCCCGACCUUUUUGGCCGACCACGUGGAGAAGAACGGGCUGCAGGGCCAGCUGCGGUACUCGCUCUUUGUCGGGGCGUCCUCGGGGGCCGAGACGGAGAACCGAUGGGCCGGACUGGACAUGAUCGAACGGCGGUCGCCGCAUCAAGUCGGCAAGGCCAUUGCCAAGGGCAUCAACAACGGCAAGAUCCACUUCUUCGACAAGCACCUGUCCAUGUUCCCGCAGGACCUGACGUACGGCUUCUACACCAAGGACCGGCCGGCCGGCCAGCGCAAUCUGGACGUGACAGUGGUGGAGGCAACGGACAUCUUGGCCGACGGCAGCAUCGUGCCGGGUGCUUCGGUGGGCGCGACCCCGGAGCUGAUCCAGAUGGCCGACAAGAUCAUCAUCGAGGUCAACACGGCCCUGCCGAGCUUCGAGGGCCUGCAUGACAUCACCAUGUCGGAGCUGCCGCCUCGCCGGAAGCCGUAUCUGAUCACGCAGGUAGAAGACCGCAUCGGCACGACCUCGAUUCCCAUCGAUCCGGAAAAGGUCGUCGGCGUGGUCGAGUCCGACUACCAGGACCAGACGCUGCCCAACACGCCCGCCGACGAGGCAUCGGCCCGGAUCGCCGGCCACUUGAUCGAGUACUUUGAGCACGAGGUCGCCCAGGGCCGCCUGCCCCCGUCGCUGCUGCCGCUGCAGUCGGGCAUCGGCAACAUUGCCAAUGCUGUCAUCGGUGGCCUCCAAAACGCCAAGUUCUGGCACCUCAAGGUCUGGACCGAAGUCAUCCAGGACACCUUCCUCGAUCUCUUCGACUCGGGCCAUCUCGACUUUGCCACCGCCACCUCCGUCCGCUUCUCGCCCGACGGCUUCAAGCGCUUCUAUGCCAACUGGCCCAGCUACAAGGACAAGCUGCUGCUACGCUCCCAACAGGUCUCCAACAGCCCCGAGAUCAUCCGCCGCCUCGGCAUCAUCGGCAUGAACACCCCCGUCGAGGUCGACCUGUACGCUCACGCCAACAGCACUUGCGUCAACGGCUCCCGCAUGCUCAACGGUCUCGGUGGCUCGGCCGACUUCCUUCGCUCGUCCAAGUACUCCAUCAUGCACACUCCCUCCACUCGGCCCUCCAAGACCGAUCCCCAUGGCAUCAGCUGCAUCGUCCCCAUGUGCACCCACGUCGAUCAGACUGAACACGACCUCGAUGUCGUCGUCACCGAGCAGGGUCUCGCCGAUGUCCGUGGCCUCAGCCCCCGUGAACGUGCUCGCGUCAUCAUCCGCAAGUGCGCCCACCCCCUCUACCAGCCCAUCCUCACCGACUAUCUCGACCGUGCCGACGCCUACUGUCUCGCUCGCGGCAUGGGCCAUGAGCCCCAUCUGCUCUUCCAGGCCUUUGACCUCCACCGUGCCCUUCAGGAGCAGGGCAGCAUGCUCAACUUUAACGGUUGGAAAUAG